CUAGGCUGACUAUUCAUAGCUGGCUGCCAUCGUUUUUGGCAACAGGACCACACGCUUUGCCGAAGAACGAUGCCAACAGCUCCCACGGCGGCAGCGGGGACCGGUGCCAAGGAAGUGGACUACGUGUCCAAGCAAGCGAACUUGACUGCGCAGAUCGAGAGUGAGCGCAUGGCUGCCAAGCGAUGGUGGCAAGACUACGGCCAAUGCUAUAUCGACAACUCCAAGCCGGAAGACUUUACGUACGAGAACCGCAUCAAGAUGCUGCAGGAAAAACUCGCGAAUGAAAAGCUGGAGAAGAAUGUGCGCCUGCAAACCACCAAUGGUUCGUACGGCAUCGGCGCGCCCUUCAAGGAAUGCACAACCAAGAAGUUCCCAACAAUCAAGAAGUGACCCAUCUGGAUGUCAUGUCGGCUCGGACCUCCAUCUCGACAUCCCAGGAGCAUCGCCAUGACGCCACCGACGCCAAGAUGAAAAAAAAACUCAAGUUGUAUUUUUAUGUUGUGUUUGGAACGAGAAACUAACGUUUUAAAUGCAAAGAUCGAGAUUAAAGCCCA